ACAUAGUACUACUUUGAGAUUCAGCAACCAUGGUUUCUCCUAACACUUUGUCUCUUUCUCUCAUCUUAUUCCUAUCUUUCUCUUCCUUCUUCUCUCCCUCACAAUCUCACAACAAGGUUUCUCUUGAAUUAUACUAUGAAAGUUUGUGCCCUUACUGCGCCAAUUUCAUCGUUAAUUAUCUUCCUCAAAUCUUCGAACAGGAGGACCUUUUAUCCAUUGUUGACCUUAAGCUUGUUCCUUGGGGUAAUGCUAAACUCAGAGAUAACUCUACUAUUGUUUGCCAGCAUGGUGAAGAUGAGUGCUUGCUAGACACUGUUGAAGGAUGUGCUAUUGAUACCUGGCCUCAACCGAACAAGCAUUUUCCUUUCAUAUAUUGUGUUGAGAAUCUGGCGCAUCAGGGUAGGCGCACAGAGUGGGAAUCUUGUUAUGAGAAACUGGGUCUGGAUUCAUCAGCUGUCAAUGAUUGUUAUCGCAGUGAGCAUGGAAAAGAGUUGCAUCUAAAGCAUGCAGAUGAAACAAAUGCUCUACAGCCUCCUCACACUUACGUUCCAUGGGUAGUUGUCGAUGGAGAACCUCUCUAUGAUGAUUAUAGGGACUUCAUAAGUUAUAUCUGUAAGGCUUAUAAAGGCACUGAUGCACCGAAAAGCUGCGCCCAAACAUCAUACAUCAGUAAUGUUGGAGAAGGGGAAGCAAAAGCAAAGCAUUCAUUUUGUGUUAUGGAAAAAGUAAUGCCAACAUGGAAUAAAAUAAGGUCAACCGUUGCCUCAUGGAUGAAUCUUGCAGGUGCAAUUUAAACAUGUCAAUGCUGUGUGACUUAGAAUAAGAACAUUCUGUAAUAAGAACUUGUUACCAGUUAGUAGUUCUUUCUUAGCUUUAUGUAUACAUUUGGUUACAUCUUUUACAAAAAUUGAUAUUUAGAUUAAACUUGAUUUUGUCUUUAGAA